AGAAGGAGGAGAAGAAAAGAGAAGAGAAGGAGAGGCUAGGAGAGGAGAGGAGAGGAGAGGAGACGAGGUGGGGAAAGAGCUGCACUUUUUCAUGAUUUUAGUGAGACAGUGUGAAAGUUAAUAUCUCACUAGCGAGAAGUUUGCGGCUUGGAGGAACGGGAAGCGCUGGUCAGUUGAAUUGUUCUGCUUUCGGUGGAAGACGGACAGGAUGGCAGGAGGCUCGGUGUCCGAGUGUAAGGAGUACUUGUUUAAAGUUUUGGUGAUUGGGGAGUUAGGUGUAGGAAAAACCAGCAUCAUUAAACGGUAUGUCCAUCAGCUGUUCUCCCAGCAUUACAGAGCAACAAUCGGGGUUGACUUCGCCCUGAAAGUCCUCAACUGGGACAGUAAAACGUUGGUCCGGCUUCAGCUAUGGGACAUCGCAGGUCAGGAACGCUUCGGGAACAUGACCCGAGUGUACUAUAAGGAGGCAGUGGGAGCGUUCGUGGUGUUUGAUGUGACCAGAAGCUCCACGUUCGAAGCCGUGACCAAGUGGAAGCACGACCUGGACAGCAAGGUGAAGCUGGCAAACGGGAACCCCAUCCCCUCUGUCCUGCUGGCUAAUAAAUGCGACCAGAAGAAGGACGGCUCCAAUAACGCCACGCUAAUGGACAACUUCUGCAAGGAGGCGGGAUUCCUGGGCUGGUUCGAGACAUCUGCUAAGGAUAACAUUAACGUGGACGAGGCAGCACGCUUCCUGGUGGAACACAUCCUCCUGAACGAUAAAGGCGUUCCGUACGAAGAGAGCAACGGCGACCGGAUCAAGCUGGACCAAGAGGCUGUGCUGGCGGAGAGCAAGUCAGGCUGCUGCUAGCGUCCAGCCUUCAUCUGUCCAUUCACCUGCCAUAAAGGAGGGGUUCUUGGCUAGGGACAGAGACCCAAAACCCCACCAUUAUGUCCACUACUUCCUGAUUCACGAGAACGUACAAGGAAACCAUAGCCAUGAAGAUUCAUCUCUCUCUCUCUCUCUCUCUCUCUCUCUGUCUCUGUCUCUGUCUGUCUGUCUGUCUCCCCCCACCCACCCCCCUCUCUCUCUGACUCAACACAGUUCAAGAUGUUUUAUAUUUCUAGUCUUCCACAGUGUCAGGUGUCUUGGCAUAUUUGUCGUCAUCUUGAGAAUAAAUAACCCUAUGGGUGUUAUAGGAGGCUGGACCAAGUACAUGUUUAUUAUACACAAAUUAAGACUUUUUUUUUUUUUUUAUUUAAAUCAGAAAAGAAAAAUUCUCAUUUUGAGCACUAGCAUGCUUAAAAAAAGAAGUUGUUAAGGAAUCUGUAUCUAAAACAAACAAAAAAAGGAUUGAUGUUAACUUUACAGUUAUUAUAUUUUUUCCCUCCCUAUUUUUCUGCCUCAUUUUUUCAGUCCAGAGCUUGUGUCUCUGGAGAUGGACAUGCAGAGGGUCAAUGGACUUUCUGGACAGAAACCGUGCAGAGGGACAUAGGAAUAUGUUUGUCUGAGUUCUGACAGGUGUGAAAUAUGUGAAGUGGUACAGAAGUGUUAGAGUUUACCUCUGGAUGUUUAGAGACUCAUCGAGGGAGGAGUGCGGGG